UCAGGCUUGAAGCGGUUGUUCUCCGGCCAUGGUUCUUCGCGCGCUUUGAGCGGUGGGCGGGAAAGGGCGGAAGAAAAUGGCGGACGGCGAUAGCAUCAAGAAAAGAACAUAUUUGCUGAAAAUCCUUUCUCUAUCUCUUUGACUAUUUACGAGCUGUUUCUGUUCUGAUGACCAGACUCCGGAGCUCCUGUCAAAAUACACCGUUACCAGAUCAGAGUUCCUCAUCUAAAGGAAAAUGUGCCAAACAUCAGAAGCCUGGGAACCCUGAACGUGCCGCCAAGCAGGAUGAAGCCCCGCAAAGGAGCAGCCUCCCGACCCGGCGCAGCGCCAGGCUAAACCCUGGUCAGUGUGUCAGUGCCAAUCUGACCUCUGAAGAAUGUGACAGCGUGAACCCGGCCUCCCAGACCAAGGUGGCCCCUGCCAGCCCCACCAGAGAACCUGAGGCCAGUGAGGCACCGUCUCCCAACAAACGGCUCAAGAAAAGCCCACAGUCGCGGUCUGUAUUGUGGCGGCGCUCCAGCUUCAAAGGUGGCAAAGGGCGGAAAUCCCUGCCUCCAAUCCACCGUGAUGCAACAGAGAUCUGUGAGGGAAUCCAGAUGGAUUUGCCUGAGGAUGAAAGACUGGCACUGCUGUUUCAUGCAUGUUUGGAGUAUACUCUGCAGAAGCUGCAAGGCUCCUUGGAACCACUAAAGGGUUUCAGUCUAGAUGCCUUUCAAGCACAUGCCUCGGAUAUUUCCGGUGACGUUAAGCGCAUUGUAGAGACGAUGAAACUGGACGGGACUCUGAGGAAAUGCACAGAGAAACCGGACGACGUUCUGCCCACACCAGAAACAGAGAUGAUGAUGAAGCAGCUGAAGGAUGACAUUUCUAGAUUAAAUGUCGAGUGUAAGGCUUGGGACCAACUGCUGGAAGUCUAUCGCCAGAAAGCAGAGGAUGCAGCCGCUGGCUUGGAUAACGCAACGCUGGCUGGAGGGGCACUCGAACCAGUCGCUAUGAUGGAGAGCUCACAGAUCGAUUUGAUCAGGACAAAACCGGAUUAUCGGUGUUAUCUGAACAAGGAUGUGUCAGUUCUCCAGAAUAUGGAAUGUAUAAUGGACCAGCUGCAGCUAACCCUGAAUCUGAUCGCCAGAGCCAGGCAGGAAUGGGACUCGCGCCUGCAAAAUAUAUCCGAAGAACUGGCAUCCAGAACAUUCAAAGGGCUGGAGCAGCGACCAGUACAGAAAUUUCUAAUGGCUGUGAAGGAGUAAUGCAGAGAGCGGAGGUGGCCAUCGAGCUGAGAGGAAAUCUUCUCAUUGGGCUUUUAAUACCUGUGGGGCUGUGACCUGAAGCAUGCUGAAGGAACCUGGACUUUGCUUAGGAUCUUACUGAGACUUUACUGCUUUUUAACACCCUAUACUGACACUUAAGCUAGUGAUGCUUCCCCCCACCCACCCUACUUCCCUAGUUAGAGCUCAGUAGUGUAAUUUAGCAUUUAGUUUCACACAUCCUGCUUGGCUGGAACUAUAGAUGGUGAACAAGCAGGGAGACAACAGGAUGGGUCCUAAUGGAUCACUAAGCAGUGAUGGUGUCUGUGCAGGAAUAUAGAGUAGGUCCAGUUCCUCGCUUGGCUGUGGAUUAUCCUGCUGAUGCUUGCUGACUAGUCUUCUGUUAAGAAUGGUCAUUCAGUCAAAGUAUGAAAGAGCUGUGGGACCCAUCAGGCUCCUUGCUUUCAGGGCAGGAGGAGGUCAGAAAGAGAUUGAAUUGAAACCGAUGUGAUUAAGAGCUGAAACCUGAGGGAAGCCAGCCUCCAACAGCAAUGAUUUUUUUUUUAAACCUGUUGUAAGAUUGCGGUUUAUUAACCUAAUGCCAGAGCAGCUGCUGACAUUUUGGACUGAAAUGUGCAAGGACUUGGUUUGAGCCCACAUUGUAAAAUUAGGAAUUAACAAUUCAAGUAGUUAUUUGGUAGUACAGAACUUGAGUAUUGCUGAAAAAUGAGACAUUUAAGCUUUUCGUUUUGCUCCCAUCAGGACAUUCGCAAGAAUACCAAUAUAAAGGGGAAAACAACAAUUUAUACUGUAUGUGAAGAGAGUGCUGAUUGUUUAGCAAGUGGACUCUGGUAGAAGCGUUGUUAUGGAGAAUGCACUAGUAAU